AGAGAGAGAGGAUAGAAAAAGGGGUAAUAGAGAACAAACAGAGGAGAGAGAAUAAUAUAUCUAUGCCAUUCAGCAUGCUCAACCACGACAAGGAAAUAUCACCGACCCUUGACGUUUGCUUGGGGAUUUUACCAUGACGACAAAGGUUCAAUAUUUUCACAUCUUUGUUGUUUUUGGAUAUCGUGCAAGAGAAUUAUACAUCAUCUUCAUUUCCUCAACAAGCCUUCGUCGUGUUCACAAGCAAGAGCCCGCGUUCUAGGUGAGAUCACAUAGCUACCCAAUAUUCAGUUCUUCGAGAUCUACGAAAGAGCCAAAGGACGACUUAAGGCGUGCUAACAAUAUUGUCAUCGCUGUAUAUGAUUAUUAAUGCACCGGGAAGUUCACAGGUCCGUGACAGUGAUCUAUUGAACCAUGAAAAGAGGAAGUUGGAUUCUGAGUUUUGGGACUGAGGAAGGAAAGCGAUCACACGGUGCGUUAUCAUCCAAUGUAAGCACUCUGCAGAAUCGCUAUUCCGGUUAUGGUGUAAUUAGCCGAUAUUUAGGUGAAAACAAGACUGAAAUCAUGGCUGAAAGUGAGGUACGUGGGACAGAAGCAGUCAGUGAUCAGCCUGAUCAGACAGACAGAGAUAAGAGAGAUAUAAGUCGAGCUGAUUCAGUGGAGAGCGCUAUUGAUCAGCAUUUGAAAAAAGUGGAGCUGCAAGUGAUAGCUGCGACCGAAAAAGAACUCAGUCAGGCGGAGGUUGAUCGAUACAAAAUGGCAACAUUAAUCAACCAGGAAACUGAGCGAGAUAUUCGACGAUUGUACGAGAAGAGAGAUGAACGACUGAGAAAGAACCACCAAGAAACUGAGAAUAAACGACAAAUUAUUGUUGAAAAGAGAUUUGAACUUGUGGAACAGAUUCACAGCUUGGGUGACGAAAUCAUGAAAACUGCAAACAAAUUGAAAAUAAAACACCAUGAUAUGGGAUUAUCGAAAGCAUCAUCGUCACCGAAGCUCCAUGCUAAACUAGCCAAGAAGCUAUCAGGACACCAUCACAAGAACGGCGGAGACAGCAGCUCCAAGAAUAAACAGUCGUGCGCUGGAGUUGAAGGACUUGCUAAGCUUGUUCAUGAGAUAGCCUUUGGAAUAUCUUUCAUGAAGCUUGAAGGAGCGAAGGUUGGUCAGAUAAGUGGCAACACGGAUAGGUGGGUCUUGGAAGAGAAGAUUGAGGUUGGACCGAUGGUUGGACUACCAGCUCUGAAGGGCGCUAUCAGCGGUUCUGAAGUCGUGGUGGAGGAUGUCAAGACAUCUUCUGUGUACGUCACGAACAUCGAAGAUAAGACAACCCGGAUGGUGAUUGAAGAGAAGUACCCGAUGUUUAACUGCGCAUCCCAUGACGGUACGGUGAUUGUCUGCGGCGGCAGGAGUGGCAAGGUGGCGCUCUAUGACAGAUCUUGGGGACACCUUCGAAACCUGAGCUUACCGGAGAAGUUCUUGAGCGGAGCUGAGGUGAUGUGUGUCGCGGUGGACGGAAGCGCCAGGAUCUUGAUAGCUCAGUAUGGAGGUAACACCAUCCACGUCUUCAAUCCUUCAGGUACUCAGUGGAUUAAGACCAUCGAGAUCGAAGAGAUGGUUCCGAUUCAUGGUAUCCAUGUCUUACAAUCUGGAAUCGCUGUACACUCUGCUAUGUACGGAGAACAGGUGUGCAUCGUAGACAAGGACGGGAAGGUCAAGUCUAACGUAUUUCUUGAGGAAUCCGAGGAGAAGUGCAUGAGUAUUCUAUCCACUGACCCGGUGUCCAAUGCCCUCUUUAACCUGACUUGUAAUGCUACCAGUGGACAAUGUGUGGUCGAGGAACUCUGUGACGUGAAGUCAGGUCACGCAAAACCAGAGAAGAUACUUGAAUUUGAUGCUCCUCGACUGGCUAAUGGACUUAUUUCAGGAGAGGGGUUCAGUGUCUUAAGACCAGGCAAGAUGGUUACGUGUGACGGGGAACAACUUCUUGUCUUUGGAAAGAGAAAAGGGUUACACCAUCUUCGACAUAUAAUAUCGGAAUCAACUACAUUCAACAAAGGUGAUAGAGACUGAGUACCACUGUUAAUAUUGAUGACAUACUUCUUGUAAAUGUUGUAUAUUCCUUUUUCGUAAUGGACAUAACAGACAGCCUGGAGCUGUUUCAGCGAAAUAUAACAUUACAAAAAAUUAGAAUAUGAAUUUCGGAGAGGGGUGGGGCACUCGAUUAGGUUAAGACGCAAUGUUCAAUGUUAUGUGUGCUUUGUUACGUUUUCUUGACCCCCCCCCCCAAAAAAAAAAAAAAACAUGGAAAUAGACAUGUAUACUCGUGUCUUGACUUAGUUGACUAUUAGUCGAGAUUUUCGGAUGCCCUGUUAUAUCUUGGUGUAGGGACAUGCUCUUGUGGUUCACAUUCGGUUUAUGGACACGGAAAGCGCCUGGAAAUUUGUGCUUUUGUAAUAUUUUCAAGUCAUGAUUGACAAAUUUACACGAAUAAAUGCUUUGCGAUGUACUCUUAAACCUGUGGCUGCGCGUGUGUAUAUUGAUACAGAUGAGUGCCCCACCAUGAAAUCUGAAUAUCUUUUAUUCUGUGUAAUAUACGAUUAUUAUGUGAAAUACUUAAACGGAAUGCAAAAAUGCUGGUUCAUAAUCUUUAUAAUCAUGGUUUCAUUACGAAACAAGAGAGUGUUUAGAUUGGUAUUAUGGGCAUGUACAUAUAAAUACUCAGACACUUUAUUAUUCAGGUAAUAAAUGAUAUAAGUACUUCUGAUUGUUACUUAUUGUAGUUCAUCAUUCUGGAUAUCGGGGUAUGAUUAUGAGGGUUUUAAAAUGUCUUUUAAUGUUCGUGGUCCCGUUUGAUAAAACGUACUAAGUAACGUGGUCAUCCAAAUGGACCACUGUAACAAUUCACAGUCAAACAUAAUCAAUGGUCUGAUGGUAAUUAUCAAUGGGUGACUUUGCAGCCACUCCCAAACCAACAAUAAGUCGUUUGGAAAGGUUCUCUGUUUAUAGCCAAGAUAUUCAUUUGGUCUUCCAAAAGUCAAAAUUUUGAAAAUAACUAUUUGAAAGAAAAGUCCCUUCUUCAUACUGUCAAAAGUUGAAGUUGUAAAGUUAGAUUUAUAGACGAGAUACAAGAGUUUUAUUGAGAUUGCAUAGUGUGCACAUAAAUGAUUGAGUAAACCCAAAUCUCAAACCCUAUUUUAUUAUUCUUUAAAGGACUCACUGGAAAUCUUCUACAUUCAAGCAAGUUCUUGGUGGGUUAUUGUUGAUUAAUUUUAACAAGUUAUAUAUAGAACACUUUUUUACUUAGGAUGUGCCUUUUUUUAGAUCAAUACAAAAUGAAAAUUAAUUCUUGGCGACUUGGUUUUAGGGUGACUGGUAACCCUUGUAAAGACUAUCUCGU